AUGAAUGUAUUACGAAAAUUACGCAAGUUUGGUCUCGAUUACUACGACAUGCAAACAAUGUUGUGGAAUAUUGAAGUAUUUUUUAGAACUUUCACUAUUAAUAUAAGAAAAGAAACCGGUCAAAGUAAGUCGUUUCAGAAUGGAGGAAAUUCAAUAAGGGAUCUUGUUGAAAAAUGCUUACAAUGUAACAAGUUAAUCGUGAAGGGCACAAGAUUUGAGACGAAUUUUUUAGCAAGUCUAAAAGACGUUAAGAGGAAAGCAAUAAUGUUGGUCAGUGGGUUCGCGAUCAACGGAGUUGUCUAUAUUUUCGCGCCAUUUUUAAAAACUGGCCGUCAUUUUCCUCAAGAUCUGAUUGUGAUAUAUGGUCUUGAACCGAUGUAUGAAUCGCCCAAUUAUGAAAUAGCAAUGGUGUUGUUUAUGGCUUCAUCUUAUUUUUCACUCUUCAUCAUCACUUACGUGUCACUGCGGAUGAUCGUCAUUGUCGGUUUUGUGGAAUCACAAAUGCUAGCAUUAAGUGAAGAAUUAGAAAAUCUGUGGGAUGACAGCGAAGCAUUUUAUAAUGAUUACAAAUUUGAUGAAGAAAGCGCCGAGGAAAAUGUAAUAAGAAACUUGUUCAUAAAGAUGCGUUUGUCGGACAUAGUGAGGUUUUCUAUAAUGAAUAUUAAUCUUAGAAAAGAAAUUAAAGAUAAGAUGCGCUUCAUUUUCUUCAACGAUUUUAUUUUUAUGGCAUUCGCAAUGGUGGCAGAACUUGUCGGUGGACUACAGAAUACUGCUGUACAAAUUCCUUUCACGUUUGGUAUGGUUUGUUUCGACUGCUAUGUAGGACAAAGGCUCCUAGAUGCUGCAGCAACAUUCGAAGAAGCAGUGUACAGUUGUCAGUGGGAUAAUUUUAAUGUAACCAAUCGGAAAACAGUUCUCCUUAUGCUUCUAUGUUCAGGAAGAGCUAUGACAUUAUCAGCUGGUGGAAUGUCAGUGUUGGAUUAUCCAUUCUUAAUGGCGGUUCUAAGAUCUACUUAUUCUGCAUACACGACUUUGAAAUCUACUGAAUAA